AGCCCACUGCGAGGCUUACCCGUGGGAAGUGGCGGGGGCGUGAACUGAAGUGGGUUCUUUGGUCCUUUCCUUUACCGCGGGAAGCGCGGGGCCGCUGCUGACAUUCACAUUAGGACGGGUGUUAGGAAGGUGGGUGACUGACCAUGGACUGCCGCCAGAAAGGACUCGGUGCUGUGUUAUUCCUCUUACCCAGGCUCAGGACUCUGCAGGGGGAAACCAGUGGCCGGCAGAGGCAAGAUGCGAAGGUGUUAGUCUGCCAUCUUCUGGCCCAGAUGGAGAGGCCCCUGGAGCUGGCCAACAUGACCAGGGUUCAGCAGUUCAUCUUGCUGGGAUUGUCCACUAGGCUAGACAUAAAGGAUGCUCUAUUUGCUGUCUUCCUGACUCUUUACCUGCUGACGCUCCUGGAGAACACACUCAUCAUCUACCUCAUCUGCACCCACAGCGAGCUCCACAAACCCAUGUACUUCUUCCUGUGCAACCUCAGCUGCCUAGAGAUCUGCUAUGUGUCAGUCACCAUGCCCACCUUACUCGUGGGGCUGUGGACAGGGCCCUACCACAUUUCCUUUACGCUCUGCAUGACCCAACUCUUCUUCUUUAUAGUCCUCAUCUGCACAGAGUGCACCCUCCUGGCCUCCAUGGCCUAUGACCGCUAUGUGGCCAUCUGCCGCCCACUGCACUACCCACUGCUCAUGAGGCCCCAGGUCUGCCUGGGCUUAGCCUUGUCUUCAUGGCUUGGUGGGCUGGUAGUCUCAGUAGCCAAAACAACAUGCAUCGCCAGCCUGUCAUACUGUGGUCCCAAUGUCCUCAACCAAUUUUUCUGUGAUGUCUCUCCUCUUCUGAACUUGUCCUGCACCCACGUGGCCCUCACAGAGCUGGUUGACUUCAUCUCGGCCAUCAUCAUCUUCUGCGGGACACUCCUUGUGUCCUUGGCCUCCUAUUCAGCCAUUGGGACGGCCGUACUCCGAAUGCCAUCAGCUGCUGCCAGACGCAAGGCCUUCUCCACCUGCGCCUCCCACCUGGUAGUGGUGGGCAUCUUCUACUCAGCUGCUCUCUUCAUCUACUGCCGCCCCAGCCGCAUCAAGUCCAUGGACCUCAACAAGGUGCUGUCUGUGAUCUACACGGUGGCCACACCUCUCUGCAACCCUGUCAUCUACUGUCUGAGAAAUAAGGAGGUCCACACUGUGCUACAAAAGACUUUUCACUGGGCUUGACCAUGGUUUUCCAAAUCUGGACCCCUCUCUCCCUGGACCAAACAUUCCUUGAGGUCUGGGGAUGUAUCUCAGUGGUAGACCUCUAUCAUAGCAUGCAAGACUCUGUAUUUGAUCCCCAACACCUUUGAAAAAAGAACUAUAAUUAUUUCUUGGCUCCCAAAACUCCAUAAACCUUAAACCCCAAAGAAAAAUAGAAUAAAACAUCUUUUCCAUUCGAUAUGUAAUACACAUCAAGCAAUAACUAAAUCUGAAAUGGCUAAGGAGAAAUCAUCAAUGCCCAACACAAAACAAAUAUUAUGCAUUAGUGACCGAUGACCCACUUCUUAAAUCAUAACCUAAAGAAUGUAGCUUGAGCAUCCCAUCAUUUUAUUCCUGGAAGACUGAUACGUUUUUACUGAAAGUUUUUAAAACUGUGUUAGCAUAUAUUAACAGUACAAAAUGGCUUCAUUACGGCAUUUUCUUGCAUGGAUAUAAUGUACUUCACCUGUCAUGACCAUCGUUUAUCUUCCUUCCACCCCACGCUGGUCUCUUUCUUCUUUCCAAUAAAUUUCAAUUUCAUGCCUUU